GGUGCCCUUGUUGCUUCUUUACUGUACAGAGUUAUGUGUUGUUCUUUUCUAGCUCCCUCCAUACUUCCACCUCCGCGCGAUACCUUUGCUAGACAAAGUUCCACCUGGGUUGCGAACACUUACUGGUUCCAUGUUAGUGAAGCGCUAGCCUUUUUUUUAUCUGGUUGCAGACAAAGGUUCAAAGCAGUUUUUUCUCCGAAACUUUCGCUGGAUUGUGUCUGAGCUUGCCUAGUGCACAAGAUCCAGUACAAACGUACUAACCCUCACCAUAUGUCACUCACCGGAGAGGCUUCACCAAACGCUCAAAGUGCUUGGAAGAAAACCCAAUGUUAUCUGAACCCAUGUCUGUUAUUCUAUGGAUAAGUGGCUAAGUAAUUGGACGGCUAGCUUGACAAACAUCAAUUGGCAGCGUAUGUUCCUUUGUCUCUGUAAACAACACGAUGAUUACCCCCCUGGGAGACGAUCGGUUUUGGAAAACAACACAGUGGAAAGUUGUGAGGACCACCGGGGAAAUCGAAACUGCCGUCCUGGCCGGUAUCUAUCACCCGAGGAUCAACCACCCAAGGAUCUACCUCCUGAGGAUCUACCACCCACGGAUCUACCACCCGAGGAUCUACCACCCGAGGAUCUAUCACCCGAGGAUCUAUCACCCGAGGAUCUACCACCCGAGGAUCUACCUCCUGAGGAUCUACCACCCGAGGAUCUACCACCCGAGGGUCUACCACCCGAGGGUCUACCUCCUGAGGAUCUACCACCCGAGGAUCUACCUCCCGAGGAUCUACCACCCGAGGAUCUAUCACCCGAGGAUCUACCACCCGAGGAUCUACCACCCGAGGAUCUAUCACCCGAGGAUCUACCACCCGAGGAUCUACCACCCGAGGAUCUACCACCCAAGGAUCUACCACCCCAGGAUCUACCACCCGAGGAUCUACCACCCGAGGAUCUACCACCCGAGGAUCUACCACCCGAGGAUCUAUCACCCGAGGAUCUAUCACCCGAGGGACACUGGCUCACAUUCUAUUAUAAUAAUAGCCAGCACAUAUUAUUUCUAUAUUGUGUAUCUCUUUCCAAAGUUCUUCUAGGUGAUCAAGUUUAUCUGGGAGAUUGGGGAUUCUCAGACAUUUUCUGGCAGACAGUGCGUGGAGUUCAGAUCGCAUGCCCGUCUAAAAACCAAAGCAAAGCAACUUGUAAAGUGUUGCUCUGGGUCAGAGGUCAUGGCAAG